GUAUGUGGGGCCGUGGCUCAUUAUGUCAACAUUCCCAAGGGCUUAUCUCGGAAGAGAUAGGGGCAUGGCGUGCUUCACCGUAUAUAAGGCUCAGGUGGGACUGUGCAAACAUUUAUUCCCUCAAAAGAGACGCGUGUUACCUGUCGUCAUGUUGAUCUCUAACAAAUUCGUGUAUUUUUUUAUAUUGUGCGCCAUCAGCACGUCGAUGAGCAGCCCUACUGCGUAUGUAAACGAGGGUCGCGGUAUUGGAUCUACAUUAUGGGGCUGGAUAACAUAUCCAUUUACAUGGUGGAAUUCCUCGUCGACGGAGAACGAAAUCGAAACCACAACGUCAGUAUUCACUCACGACAAUAACAUAGAGAUAGCCAAACAUAACGUCACCGUGUGGUGCAACGACCAGACUUGCACCACUAUGAAAUGCGACAAAGACGGUUGCAAUAACGUAACCUGUAAUAUAUACGAUACGGACAUGUCAGGAAUGUGCAGGGAAUAUACUAUCAAGCCCGAAGAAAUUCCAACUAACAAACCAAUUACGCAAGUAACGGAAGAACAAAAGACAACUGUAGUAACAACAGUAGAGACGUCAUCCUUACCAAGUAUUACGAAUGCAGGAGUUGAAGAACGACCUUUAGAGUUAGAAGCGGUCCUCUCUUCUACAGUUCCCAUUGAUGACGAAGAUAAAGAUGAAGAUCAGUCUUAAUUUUACGACACUUAUUUUGUAAAUCAUAUGUUUGUUUGUUUGUAUGUGAAAUUAAUGUAGGUAAGGAAAAUAAUACUAAUUUAAGAUGGCGCAUUCGCGUACGUAUGUAAAUAUUUUUUUCAUAUCUUCAAUUUGAUUUCAUCAGAGUUUAAAUAAGACUACCAUUGUAAUUGCGAAAC